GUGUGUGAAUGGGUGAAUGACAAGCAUCAAUUUUACAGUGCUUUGGAUAAAGGAGCUAUAUAAAUGCAGACAUUUACCAUUUAUAGCCUUCAAAGUUUUUCACUUGACUAAUGCAUUAUUACAGCUCGAAUAUUAAACUGUUAGGACCUUUGCCUCGUGGUGUAAUGCAUGUAAUAUGUAAUAUUUAUCAAAAUACAUCGAUAUAUUGUAAACUGCUUAGGGAAAGGUGUGAGCUGCCAGUGAGGGUGGUAGGAUGUCCCACAGUUUCUGACAGACACAUGUAAUGAUGGUCUGAGAAAGAUAAUAGAACUACCAUGCAUGUGAAGGCCCCUGUGUGAAUUAACAUACACUCUAAAAAUUUUAACAGUUCAGCAGUGAGGACAUUUGCUGCUCUGGGCAGAUUUUCACUCUACGUACCCUGCCAAUGAUGCUACAAUAAUUUAAGUUGCCUAUUCAUGAUAUUCACAAUAAAGAUGGGCACGUCCUGGAGAUUUCAAGUCCUUUUUCCCCAGUUUGUGUUAGAUUAAAAACAAACCAUAGCCACUUUGAAUAAGGUAUGAGUCUGUGGAAUAUUACAACAUCAUUUUAAAAUCUACUGUAAUUUCCCCUGAGGUGAGCCUCAGAGUUUGAAUAUAUUGUACUAUAAUGAGGGGCAUGGAUUUAAUUAAAGCAUAACAUAAUUUUAUGAUCUUUAAUUUAUGGGAAUUUGAUUAUGAUUUUGCUAAACAUAUAAUUGUUUACAUUUUAAUUUAGGUUUCCUAAAUGUACAGUAUAGUUUUUUAUUGGAUUUUCUCUGAUAUGUGAAACAGGUUUAACAGUAUAACAGAGUGCCCUUCCCAAUACCCAGAAAUGGCCCCAUAUAUCAUGCUGCCAAAGCUAUGUGACACUUAGGCAUGAAUGCUGGUCUAGGCAUCUUAACUUCAUGCACCUCAUAACAAUGUCAUGUCAUCUACUGAGGUCUGAACUCCACAUCUUGUGAAUCAGCCCAUAUUUAAAACCUGUGAGUUUCAUGAGUGUCUGCAACAUUCUUUGUAUCCCUAUAAAAUAGCCAGACCAUUCUCUGGGAGAAUCAGAUCUGUCUGCAUUACUGGGAGAAGAUACGACUUCCACCAGACAAUUCUUUGGAGAGAAGUAUACUUUUCAACCAUGAGAAGUGCAUCCUACUCCCAGUCAACUUUGACCGUCAGCGGAAGCAGCAAGAUGCGAGCCCAGAGUCCCUCACCCUCUCGCUGCAGGACACCUGCUCAGAGCCGAGGGCGCUCAGGGUUCCUGGGCGCGGCCGUGGAGCUCGGAACUGACCUGCACCAGGCCCUGCCUAAUGAGAAGGAGCAGAUGAAAGAGCUGAACGUUCACUUUGCAGGCUAUAUCGACAAAGUUCACGCUCUAGAAGAUCGUAACGCAGUCCUGAAGGCCACACUGGCUGAUCUACAGACUCGCUACCAAGGGGGACCUGGCCUGGAGUAUGAGCUCCAGUUCAAAGAACUUAAAGCCUUCAUUGAGACAAUGACCAAUGAGAAGGGAGCAGCUGAUAUUGAAAGGGGCUAUAUCGAGGAGGACAUGGAAAUGUGGAGGCUAAAACUGGAGGAAGAACUGACACUGAAAGAGGAGGCAGAAAUGAUCCUGCGAGACUUCCACCAGGAUGUGGACAACGCUACGCUCCAGAAGGCAGAACUGGAGAUGCGUGCAGGACAGCUGGUAGCUGAAAUUGAGUUAAUGAAGAAGCUUCACAAUGAAGCAGUGGCUGAUCUUCUGAAGCAGAUUGAGGAAGCCAAGGUGAGGGCUGAGCUGGAGGCGGACCGGCCAGAUGUGGCUGGUUACCUGCGCAGCAUGCGGGUGGAGAUCGAACUGGUAGCAGCUCGCAAUGUGCAGGAAGCUGAAAAGUGGUACAAGGGCAAGUUUCAGACACUAAAGGAACAGGCUGGUAAACAUGAAAGCCAAAUUAAAACCAUGCAGGAAGAGGUUACAAUCUUCCAAAACCAGAUCACUGACCUACAGAACCUGAUUGAGGGUCUCCGUUCCCGCAAUGACCUCCUGGAGCUCCAGCUUCAGGACAUGGAGAUAAAUCAUCUGGACAAGGUGGCCAGCAUGCAACAACUCAUCGCCCAACUGAACUGCCAACUCUCCGAGACCAAGACUGAAAUGAGCAAAUACCUGCAGGACUACAAAGAACUGCUGCACAUCAAACUGAAGCUGGAUACUGAGAUUGCCACCUACAGGAUGCUGUUGGAAGGAGAAGAGAAAAGAUUGGGAGUCACAUCAGUAAGGAAGGAAUUGGCUGAAAAGGAAUUCAAUGGGCAACACGUCAUAUGAAGACAGAAUCUUUCUGAACGAUUGCUUUAUAUUUCAGAAUACAGUCAGUAUCUAAUUUGAGCAUGUGCAUUGCAGUAAAGUAAACUGUGAAUCGGUGUGUUGCCAACUGUUUUGACAUGCUGCACGUUCCUUAACCACAUAGUAAUAAACUAAUAAUAAACUGUGCUCAGUUGAAUGCAAAA